AUGUCGGCGGCGCGGGGCGACGGCGAGCCCUGGCCCUCGCUGGAGUCGGUGGGCAUCAGCCGCAAGGAGCUGGCGCUGGCCGAGGCGCUGCAGAUGGAGUACGACGCGCUGGCGCGCCUGCGGCAGCACCGCGACGAGAGCCGCGCCAAGCGCCCCGCCGAGCCGCCCCGCAUCUCCUGGGACCAGCCCGGCGCCAAGGAGCCGCGGGCGCCGCCGGGCUCGGAGCCGGCGCCGGCGGACGGCACGGCCGCCCGGCCGGGCGCUUUGCUCGCCGCCGACUACCUCUACAUCCUGCAGGGCUCGGAGCCGCGCGGCGGCCCCGCGGCCCCGCGCGAUGUCCCCGAGGCGCCCGCGAAGCCGCCGCUGCCGCCGCGGCACCCGGCGCCGGGCAAGGACAUCAACACGUUCUCGGCCGCGCGCGCCGGGAAGCUCCUGGGGCGCCGCAUCUCCCAGGAGGAGCCGUACGGGAGCGGCGGCUACGAGGGCCUCGCCGACGCCAUCAGCUGCCUCAACCUCAAGGGCGCCUACGAGGCCGAGGUGCUGCGGGAGGCCGCGCGCGGCUGGAAGGAGGGCAGGAGCCUCCGGGAGAAGGAGGGCGCCGGCAAGGCCGUGGCCCGCAGCAAGACGCUGCCGCCGCAGGUGCCGCCGCGCGGCGCCCACCGCAGGAACGCGGCGCCCGGCAGCAACCGCCGCGUCUCCGUGGAGCCCGUCGCGCCCCGGCCGCUCUCCUUGGCCAACGGCUACGAGCUCUUCGAGGUGUCCGAGGAGCGCGAUGAGGAGGUGGCCGCUUUCUGCCACAUGCUGGAUGUGCUGCGGGCGGGCUACAGCACCCAGGACUAUUCCCUCACGGGCUACGUGUGGAGCCCCGUGAACCUCAGCCCCGAGCACCUGGGCCACGGCGUGAGCCUCAAGGUGACCGUGGUGUGCGACAGCCUGCGGGAGCCGCUCACCUUCACCUGCGACUGCUCCUCCACGGUGGACCUGCUCAUCUACCAGACGCUGUGCUACACGCACGACGAGCUGCACGCCGUCGACGUCGAGGACUUCGUGCUCAAGCUCUGCGGCCUCGAGGAGUUCCUGCAGAACCACCACCCGCUGGGCAGCCACGAGUACAUCCAGCACUGCCGCAAAUUCGACAUCGACAUCCGCCUGCAGCUGCUGCGCAGGACGGCGGCGCGCGGCGACCUGGCGCGGACGGCCAACGAUGACCGGAGCCCGUCCACCCUCAACCACUACAUCCACCUGCAGGAGCGGCCCAUCAAGCAGACCAUCAGCAGACAGGCCCUGAGCCUCCUCUUCGACACCUUCCACAACGAGGUGGACGCCUUCCUGGCGGCCGAGGGCGACUUCCCGCUGAAGGCCGAGCGCGUCAUCCAGUCGGUGAUGGCGCUUUGCAACGCGCUGGCCGCCGUCGAGACCCCGGAGAUCACGGCCGCCCUCAACCAGAUGCCCCCCUGCCCUUCCCGCAUGCAGCCCAAGAGCCAGAAGGAUCCAAGUGUUCUGGCCAAGAGGGAAAACCGAGAGCGCAUCGUGGAGAGCCUCACGGCCGCAAUCCUGGAGCUGGUGGAGCUCUACUGCAGCACCUUCAACGCGGACUUCCAGCGGGCCGUGCCGGGCGGCAGGCGGCAGAGCCCGCAGCGCGACGCCCGCCUGCUCGCCUGCCCGCUCGCCUUCACCGUCUACGGCACCCACCGCAUCCCCAUCACCUGGGCCGCCAGCUACGAAGAUUUCUACCUGUCCUGCUCGCUGAGCCACGGCGGCAAGGAGCUCUGCAGCGCCCUGCACACCAGGAAGGCCCCCGUGCACAAGUACCUCUUCCACCUCAUCAUAUGGGACCAGCAGAUCUGCUUCCCGGUGCAUGUGAACCGGCUGCCGCGGGAGACGCUGCUGAGCAUCACCCUCUUCGCGGUGCCCGUCGCGCCGCCCGGCAGCUCCUCGGACGCCAACAAGCAGCGGCGGCUGCCCGAGGCGCUCGGCUGGGUCACCACCCCGCUCUUCAACUUCAGGCAGGUGCUCACGUGUGGGCGGAAGCUGCUGGGCUUGUGGCCGGCCACGCAGGACAACUCGCGAGCCCGCUCCAGCGCGCCCAACUUCAACCAGCCCGACAGCGUCAUCCUGCAGGUCGACUUCCCCGCGUCCGCCUUCGAUGUGAAGUUCUCGAGCCCGCCGGCGGCCGCCUCCAGCCCCCGCUACGAGUUCGGCAGCCUGGGCGAGCAGGAGCAGCGCCAGCUGCGCGACGCCAUGCAGAAGAAGUCGCUCUACUGGCUGACGGAGGCCGAUCGGAAGCGGCUCUGGGAGAAGCGCUGCUACUGCCACGCGGAGGCCAGCGCGCUGCCCAUGCUGCUGGCCAGCGCGCCCAGCUGGGAGUGGGCCUGUCUGCCCGACAUCUACGCCCUGCUCAAGCAGUGGAGCUACGUGAACCACCAGGACGCCCUGGGGCUGCUGCACGCCACGUUCCCGGACCAGGAGGUGCGGAGGACGGCCGUGCAGUGGAUCGACUCCAUCUCGGACACGGAGCUGCUGGACUACCUGCCGCAGCUGGUGCAGGCGCUCAAGUACGAGUGCUACCUGGACAGCCCGCUGGUGCGCUUCCUCCUCAAGAGAGCCAUCUGCGACCUCAAGAUCACCCACUACUUCUUCUGGCUGCUCAAGGACGGCCUCAAGGACUCGCAGUUCAGCAUCCGCUACCAGUACCUGCUGGCCGCGCUGCUCUGCUGCUGCGGCAAGGGGCUGCGCGAGGAGUUCGACCGCCAGUGCCUGCUGGUGGCCACGCUGGCCAAGCUGGCGCAGCAAGUGCGGGAGGCGGCGCCGUCGGCGCGCCAGGCCAUCCUGCGCGAGGGCCUCGAGGACGUGGCGCAGUUCUUCAAGGCGCACGGCUCGUGCCGCCUGCCGCUCAGCCCCAGCCUGCUGGUGAAGGGCGUCGUGCCCAGGGACUGCUCCUAUUUCAACUCCAACGCCGUGCCCUUGAAGCUCUCCUUCCAGAAUGUCGAUCCGCUCGGGGAAAACAUCCGCGUCAUCUUCAAGUGCGGAGAUGACCUGCGCCAGGACAUGCUGACGCUGCAGAUGAUCCGGAUCAUGAACAAGAUCUGGGUGCAGGAGGGGCUCGACAUGCGCAUGGUCAUUUUCCGCUGCUUCUCCACAGGCCGCGGCCGAGGCAUGGUGGAGAUGAUCCCCAACGCCGAGACCCUGCGCAAGAUCCAGGUGGAACACGGCGUGACGGGCUCCUUCAAGGACCGCCCGCUGGCCGACUGGCUGCAGAAGCACAACCCUGGGGAGGAUGAGUACGAGAAGGCUGUGGAGAACUUCAUCUACUCGUGCGCGGGCUGCUGCGUGGCUACCUACGUGCUGGGCAUCUGUGACCGACACAACGACAACAUCAUGCUCAAAACCACCGGCCACAUGUUUCACAUCGACUUCGGCCGCUUCCUGGGCCACGCGCAGAUGUUUGGCAACAUCAAGAGGGACCGGGCGCCCUUCGUCUUCACUUCGGACAUGGCGUAUGUCAUCAAUGGCGGGGACAAGCCCUCGAGCCGCUUCCACGACUUCGUGGACCUGUGCUGCCAGGCCUACAACCUCAUCCGCAAGCACACCCACCUCUUCCUCAACCUGCUGGGGCUGAUGCUCUCCUGCGGCAUCCCGGAGCUCUCCGACCUGGAGGACCUCAAGUACGUCUACGAUGCGCUGAGGCCGCAGGACUCGGAGGCCGACGCCACCACGUACUUCACCAGGUUGAUCGAGUCCAGCCUGGGCAGCGUGGCCACCAAGCUCAACUUCUUCAUCCACAACCUGGCGCAGAUGAAGUUCGCGGGCUCCGAGGCGCGGCCCACGCUCUCCUUCGCGCCCCGCACGCACAGCCUGCAGACGGCCGGCCGCAUCCGCGACGUCUUCCUGUGCCGCCACGAGCGGGUCUUCAACCCCAGCAAGGGCUACACCUACGUGGUGAAGGUGCAGCGGGAGGGCGCCGCGGAGGCGGCCGUGGUGCAGCGCACCUUCGAGGAGUUCCAGGAGCUGCACAACAAGCUGCGCCUCGUCUUCCCCUCCUCGCUGCNNNGCAGCUUCCCCAGCAGGUUCGUGAUCGGGCGCUCGCGCGGGGAGGCCGUGGCCGAGCGCAGGAAGGAGGAGCUCAACGGCUACGUGUGGCACCUCAUCCACGCGGCGCCCGAGGUGGCCGAGUGCGACCUCGUCUACACCUUCUUCCACCCGCUGCCGCGGGACGAGAAGGCGGCCGGCACCAACGCGGCGCCGAAGGCCGCAGACGCCACGUGGGCUCGGCCCGUGGGCAAGGUGGGCGGCGAGGUGAAGCUCUCCAUCUCCUACAAGAACAACAAGCUCUUCAUCAUGGUCAUGCACAUCCGCGGGCUGCAGCCGCUCCAGGACGGCAACGACCCCGACCCCUACGUCAAGACCUACCUGCUGCCCGACCCGCAGAAGACCACCAAGAGGAAAACCAAAGUGGCCCGGAAAACCUGCAACCCCACGUACAACGAGAUGCUCGUCUACGACGGGGUGCCCAAGGGUGACCUGCAGCAGCGCGAGCUGCGCCUCAGCGUCCUCAGCGAGGAAGGCUUCUGGGAGAACAUCCUCCUGGGCGAGGUGGCCAUCAAGCUGCGGGAGCUGGACCUGGCGCACGAGAAGAUGGGCUGGUUCGCCCUGGGCUCGCGCGGCCACGGCACCCUCUGAGGAGCCGCCGCGUG